AUGGAGAACAUAUUGUGAAGGACAUCCAUUUAGAAACACACACUUUUAGGUUUUCUGUACUACUCACAUCCAUCAUCAUGAGUUACGGUGGUCACUCCUCUGCUGGAUCACACCAUGGAAGCUGCCAUGUUGGUAGUCAUCUGUCUAAGAUCCCAAGCCACACAUAUGGUGUUCCUCAUGGAGGAUCUUCAAUUAGCCAUCAUGGAGGAUCCCACUCUUCUCAUCACCAUGGGGGUUCUCAUGCUUCUCAUCAUGGAGGAUCCCACUCUUCUCAUCACCAUGGGGGUUCUCAUGCUUCUCAUCAUGGAGGAUCCCAUAAUUUACAUCAAGGAGGCUCCCAUACUUCCCACCAUGGAGACUCCAACAGAUUCCAUUCUACAGGUUCUCAUGGUUCCCAUCAUGAAGGAUCCCAUGCCACCCACCUUGGAAGUUCCCAUAAAGUCCAUUAUAGUAAUCACUAUAGAGCUCCCAGUGUACAUGGAGGAUCAGGAGGCAAAGGAAUCUCCAUAUCCAAGCACGGUCAUGGUGGUGCUCACAGCAGCAGCCAUAAAAGCCUUCAUGGUUUGUUCAAUGUCAAUGGGAAGGAAACCAUGCAUCAUUUAAAUGAUCGCUUGGCUUCCUACUUAGACAAAGUGCGCUCCCUAGAGCAACAGAACGCCCAGCUUGAAAGGAAUAUCCGGGAGUGGUAUGAGAGGAAUCAGCCCAGCACUUUACCUGACUACAGCUGCUUCUUCAGAAUCAUUCAAGAGCUUCAAGGCCAGAUUUCCUCAACUUCUGUGGAAAAUGCCAGGAUUGUAUUACAAAUAGACAACACUCGUCUAGCAGCAGAUGACUUCAGAAACAAGUAUGAAAUGGAACGCCAACUGGCAAGCAGUGUUGAGGCUGAUGUGAAUGGACUUCGUAUACUCCGGGAAGACCUUAAGAGGGACAUAUGUCAGCUACAGGGACAAGUAGAAAACCUUCAGGAAGAACUGCAGCUAAUGAAGAGGAACCAUGGGGAGGAAGUCAACGCUUUACAAUCUCAGUUGGGUGCCAGGGUCAAUGUGGAAAUGGAUGCUGCUCCAUCGACUGAUCUGAAUAGAACCUUGUUUGAGAUCAGAGAGCAGUAUGAGAAUCUAAUGGAGCGGAAUCUGAGAGAGGUGGAAACUAUUUUCCGACAACGGACUGAGGAACUGAAUCGUGAAGUUGCUUCUGGUUCUGAACAACUCCAGUCUGUGCAAACUGAAGUUAUUGACUUGAGACGUACCAUCCAAACCUUGGAAAUCGAACUGCAAAGCCAGCUCAGCUUGAAAUCAGCUCUAGAAAACACCUUGGCAGAGACAGAAGCCACAUUUGGGGCUCAACUUGCCCAAUUACAAUGUUUGAUCAACAAUGUAGAGUCCCAGCUGGCCCAGAUCCGAUCUGACCUGGAACGUCAGAAUCAGGAAUACACGAUCCUGAUGGACCAAAAGACUCAUCUGGAGAUGGAGAUCGCCACCUAUAAGCGCCUAUUGGAGGGUCAUGAUAUCCAAACUUCAAGUCAAAGUUUUCUAGGAGACAGCCAUGGAUCUCACCACACAGUGAAAGUUCACCAUGUGACUAGCCCCAGUCAUCAUCAACAUCAUCAAAGUCAUCAUCAACAUCAUAAUCACCAUAAUGUUUGCUAAUGUGUUUCUGACUCUUCUGGAGAACCCUUUGGAUAAUAGUAGUACCCUAUCUUUAGAAAGUCUUUUGGUGUCUUCCUCUGUCUUCUUCUUAUGUGGCCUUGAGUAUCUGCUUUACCUAGGCAAAACUUGGCAUGAGACAUGAACUAGAUCCACCAAAAUACCCAGUAGACACAACUGAAAUUAUGCAAGGUUUAGGAUUAGUUAGAUACAGUAUCUGUUCGUCUUUAGAGGUUGGUGGUAAACUAUUUAAGUUUGCCUAAAUUGUAAGUUAAUUUCAAGAUGUUAACCCACGUGUUACAAAAGCUAUGGAGCUCAGGCCUUUGAACAAUUUUAAAGAUCCAAAAUUAAAGAAGAUAUUUCCAUGUACCCAACAUUAUUUAGGGAUUACAUUAUGCUAGAGUCAUAAGAUAUGACUUUUCAUUCACUUUUUUCUUGGAGCACUUUCAAUACUUUUAGGGCCCAAGCACAUUCAUCGUGCCCUUUAAUACACAUAUUUUUGUGCCAACAUGUAGUGCAAUGUGUUGCAGUGCCAUUUAUUGUGCAACAGCAUUGAAUGCCACCCAAACGCAUGAACAGAAUGCAUCUAUGCUAUAGUAUGAUGCAUUACACAACAUGGUACGAUAUGGGUUACGUUGUAGUGCUUUGAAGAAAUUUUUUUUACCUGGGACCCAUUCAGAACAAAUAACCUGUAGUAAUGGAGUUCACCACAAUGCCCUAAAAGUAAGUUGUGGUGAAUGUGUUACUGUAACACUUUUAAGCGUAAAGAGGCCAUUAGGUACAUACAGUUGAAAUGAAGUUUUCUUGACUCAGAAAAAGUGAGUUGUCCCAUAAUCAGGCAUUUUGAAUUACAAUGAUCAUAUGCAAAAUGAGUUGAACUCUAGUUUUCUGUUGUGAAUUUAAGGGAUUUUAUUAACAUAAUCCUGUGCAGGUUUUAGUAUAGAGUUGAAGUAUCGGUUUUAUAAUAAUAUGUUAUGAACCUAUUUGUACUGUCUACCAUUGUACAUAUUAAUGGAUUAUUAGCAUGCAAUAUUCAUAUUUUAUUGUGGUUGACAUACUAAGCCCUAGAUUCUGGUUAUUUAGAAUGUUUUAGGAUUUUUUGGACUAUAUAUAUUCUGGUGUACUACUGCAGUAAUCUGGUGAAUUUUGAUCAUCAUUCUCUUGUCCUUGUCACCUACAAAAUGUUCAAUAAAACAAAUCCUAUCUUCAUGCAA